CCGCCGCCGCCGCCGCCGCGUAUGUCCGUCCCUCUCUCUCUCUGCCUUUCACUCGCCAUGUUGUGAGCUUCCUUCCCGUUGACAACGACGGUGGCGGCGGCAGAGGUGGAGGAGGUGGUGGAGGAGGAGGGGGAGGGGCGGUGGCAGGAAGGCAAGGGUGGCAGGGAGGGGGCAAUUGGAUCGUUGUUGGCAAGAGUCUUCCGGGAGGAAGAGGGAGCCCCCUCCUUUCCGUGUCCGUUACAACCAACAGCGCUGCCCGCUCACCUCAGCUCGUUUGUUCUGUGGAUGAAAUGAAUCAUGAGUUUCAAGCUCUUGCAUUAGAAUCUCGGGGAAUGGGAGAGCUGCUACCUGCCAAAAAAUUUUGGGAACCAGAUGAUCCAGCAAAGGAUGGACAAAAAGGGAUAUUUCUUGGUGAUGAGUGGAGAGAAACUGCUUGGGCAACACCUCACCACUCCAUGUCACAACCUAUUAUGGUUCAAAGAAAGCCUGGACAUGUUUUUCAUGGAACAAGUGAAGUAAACGCUGUCUUAUCUCCUCGAUCAGAGAGUGGUGGCCUUGGUGUGAGCAUGGUCGAAUAUGUGCUAAGUUCUUCUCCAGCUGAUAAAUUGGACUCCCGGUUUAGGAAAGGAGCUUUUGGCACUAGAGAAGCUGAAACAGAUGGACCUGAGAAAGCAGACCAGAAAGGCAAGGUUUCUCCAUUUGAGGAGGACAAGAACAGAGAUCUUAAACAAGUUGAUGAUGACGAUGUUACCAAAAUAAAUGGCAGAGGCUUGCCAAAUGGAAUGGAUGCUGAUAGCAAAGAUUUUAACAGUCGUACUCCUGGAAGCCGACAAGCAUCCCCAACUGAAGUAACUGAGCGUUUGGGUCCAAACCCUAACACCGCUGAAGGCUUGUCUUCGCUUUCUAAUCCUUCAACUCACAAGCCACUGGUGGAAGAAUUUUCAAACUCCGAAUCUCAGAAUUUGGAUGCUAUGGAACAAGUGGGUCUUGAUUCUCUGCAGUUUGAUUAUCCUGGAAAUCAGGUACAAAUGGAUUCUUCAGGAGCUACUGUGGGACUCUUCGAUUACAAUUCACAACAACAAAUAUUUCAGAGGACUAAUCCUCUUACUGUUCAGCAGUUAACAGCAGCACAACAGCAACAGUAUGCACUGGCAGCAGCUCAGCAACCACAUAUAGGUGUAUUUUCGGCAGGCUUGGCUCCAGCUGCUUUUGUGCCAAAUCCCUAUAUUAUCAGUGCUGCUCCCCCAGGUGCUGACCCAUAUACAGCAGCAGGCUUGGCUGCUGCAGCUACCUUAGCAGGGCCAGCAGUUGUUCCUCCUCAGUAUUAUGGAGUUCCUUGGGGUGUGUAUCCAGCCAAUUUGUUUCAACAGCAAGCAGCCGCCGCAGCAAACAGCACUGCCAAUCAGCAGGCUGCAUCACAGGCACAACAAGGACAGCAGCAGGUUCUUCGUACUGGAGGUAAUCAGCGCCCUCUCACUCCCAACCAGAGUCAGCAAGGGCAGCAGGCAGAGUCCCUUGCAGCAGCUGCAGCAGCAAAUCCAGCUUUGGCUUUUGGCCAGGGUCUUGCCACUGGCAUGCCAGGCUAUCAAGUGCUAGCCCCCACUGCCUAUUAUGAUCAGACGGGUGCCUUGGUGGUAGGUCCAGGGGCCAGAACUGGACUUGGAGCACCUGUCAGGUUGGUGGCUUCAGCACCUGUUAUCAUCAGUUCUGCAGCUGCACAAGCAGCUGCUGCAGCUUCAGCUGGAGGAACAGCAAGCAAUAUCACAGGAACCACAAAUGGGCUUUUUCGGCCCCUUGGUCCUCAGCCUCAACAGCAGCAACAGCAGACAAACAACAGUCUACAGUCUAAUUCCUUUUAUGGCAACAAUACUUUAACCAAUAAUUCUCAGAGUAGUUCACUCUUUUCACAUGGUCCUGGUCAACCAGGAAACACAUCUCUUGGCUUUGGAAGUAGCAGCUCCUUGGGAGCUGCCAUUGGGUCUGCACUUGGUGGAUUUGGCUCAACCGUUGGCAGUUCUGCAAGUAGUAGUGCCACAAGGAGAGAGUCUCUAUCUACUAGUUCUGACUUGUACAAAAGAUCUAGUAGCAGCCUAGCACCCAUAGGGCAGCCAUUUUACAAUAGUCUGGGAUUUUCCUCCUCUCCAAGCCCAAUAGGCAUGCCUCUGCCAAGCCAAACUCCAGGACAUUCACUUACGCCACCGCCAUCACUUUCAUCACAUGGAUCCUCAUCCAGUUUGCAUUUAGGGGGAUUGACCAAUGGUAGUGGUCGCUAUAUUUCAGCAGCCCCUGGAGCAGAAGCCAAGUAUCGCAGUGCUGCAAAUACCUCCAGUCUUUUCAGCUCAAGCAGCCAGUUGUUUCCGCCCUCACGGCUACGUUACAAUAGAUCUGACAUUAUGCCCUCUGGGCGGAGUAGGUUAUUGGAGGAUUUCAGAAAUAAUCGCUUUCCUAACCUUCAACUAAGAGACCUUGUUGGGCAUAUAGUUGAAUUUUCACGGGAUCAGCAUGGCUCUAGAUUUAUACAACAGAAAUUAGAGAGAGCUACUCCGGCUGAGCGCCAAAUGUUGUUUAGUGAAAUUCUACAAGCAGCGUAUCAGCUGAUGACAGAUGUGUUUGGAAACUAUGUAAUACAGAAAUUCUUUGAGUUUGGAAGCAUUGACCAGAAGUUAGCACUUGCAACGCGCAUUCGUGGACAUGUUCUCCCAUUAGCUUUACAGAUGUAUGGGUGUCGAGUCAUUCAGAAAGCUUUAGAGUCUAUUUCACCUGACCAGCAGGUAAUUAAUGAAAUGGUGAAGGAACUAGAUGGUCAUGUCCUAAAAUGUGUUAAGGAUCAAAACGGAAAUCAUGUCGUACAAAAGUGUAUUGAAUGUGUUCAGCCACAAUCACUCCAAUUUAUUAUUGAUGCUUUUAAAGGACAGGUGUUUGUGCUUUCAACUCACCCUUAUGGCUGCAGAGUAAUUCAACGUAUUCUUGAGCAUUGUACUGCCGAACAGACCUUGCCCAUUUUGGAAGAAUUGCAUCAACACACAGAACAGCUUGUGCAGGACCAGUAUGGAAACUACGUUAUUCAGCAUGUUCUGGAACAUGGCCGCCCUGAAGACAAGAGUAAAAUUGUUACUGAAAUCAGAGGGAAAGUUCUGACUUUAAGUCAGCAUAAAUUUGCCAGCAAUGUGGUGGAAAAAUGUGUGACUCAUGCAUCUCGUGCUGAAAGAGCUUUGCUUAUUGAUGAAGUAUGUUGCCAGAACGAUGGUCCUCACAGUGCCUUAUACACCAUGAUGAAGGACCAAUAUGCAAACUAUGUUGUUCAGAAGAUGAUUGACAUGGCGGAACCAGCUCAGCGUAAGAUUAUAAUGCACAAAAUUCGACCCCAUAUUACAACCUUGCGUAAAUACACCUAUGGGAAGCAUAUCCUUGCCAAGCUGGAAAAAUACUACCUGAAGAACAAUGCCGAUCUGGGGCCAGUUGGAGGACCACCAAAUGGGAUGCUUUGAAGAUAAGUUGAAGGAGCAGUCCAAAAGAUGAAUUGUAUUGUGAAUUAUCAAAACACCCAACUUAACUAAAAUUUUGUGAUUUUUAAAAAAUAUAUUUAUUGACUUCAUCCAUUUGUAAAAAUUUUUAUUCAUGUGUAUAUUUUUGGGGAAUGAAUUGCAACAUAUUGCCAUUUCUUAACAGAGACCUAUCAGAUUGCAAGGCUUACAAAGCACAGAAUGCCUGUAAAUGAUGUAACUAUCGGAAUAGCUCUCCCAUUUUGUAAAUUUUUACCUUGUAAAGUCACUGAAUAAAAUAGUUUUUAAAGGGAAAAAGUACAGUAUUCUUUUAAUAUACUGGCUUACAGUCUGGUAGGUCUAUCCACCAUCAUUGCACAACAUGUUUAUAUAAUUGUAUAUAGAAUUAGUUUUCAUUUCCCCCCUUUGUGUGGAAUCUUUUUUAUAACAGUUGGAAAUGAAGCAAUUGCAUAAUUAUUAUUUAACAUGAUACAGAAAGUUAAGUUCUGUAUUUUGGUGGUUCACAAUUUUAUAGUCCCAAAAGCAAUCAGGGUACUGCAAUUACCAGUAAAGAAGUCAUAAAAUGUGAACAAUGAUGAGUAGUUUCCACCUUUUACUCUGGAAAUAUUUUUUUUAAAAAAACGGUGCCCUUUUCUCCGGCAGUGUACAGAAGCCAUGUAUAUAAUUUAAUAUUUAACUAAUGGUGCAAGAAUAGGGUAUAAAAUCAAGAUAGUACUUGGAUCCAGCAAUGUACUGUCUGGGAAAGAAUAAAUUCAAUAAAUAAAUAGGCAGACAGUUGGUGUAAGAUGUGUGUUUUGCUUUGCAUAUACAAUUGUAAGAUGGGAUUUGAAAAUUGAGCAUAUGCUUGAAGUAGUAGAUGAAUUUGUAGGCAAUUGAUGGAGGAAAGAGCCUACUUAAAUUUGAUAGUGCAACAUCUAAAGCAUGAUUAAAUAUUCAGAUAGAUUUUUUUGCUUCCUUAUAAAUAUAAGCAUUAUAUAAGUAUAGUUAAUAGAUGUAAGUUUACCGUUUGUAAACAGAUUCCUUGUUUUCAAUGUUUUAAAAGCCUUGCUAAUUAAGUAGUGAUGCUUACCUUGGUUGUACAGAUGUACAUUUGUAAACCUUCAUGCUGUAAAUGUAAUUUGUUUUACCCCUUUUGGGAAGAAAAUUUGCAUUUUAGUGUAUAUUCAUAUCCCUGCCCCUCUACCCUGACAUAGUGUUGUAUAAUGUAAAUUUAUUUCAGCAAAUCAAGACUGGUUUUUUAAAAAAGUCUAUCUUUAUAUGGUUUCAGAAAUAUGAAUCAGCUUUCUUUGAUCUGUUACAAAAAUCUUUUGUUUGUUACAUAGCUAUUCUGUUAAUAUGGACAUUUUGGAAAUUUUAAAUAAGUUUAAACAUUAAUGAGAAUAAAGAUAAUUAAUGGACAGAAAUACUGAUGACAGAAACCAGUGAUUCUUCCAUCUUAAAUGUGGCACGAUUUGUUUUUGUAUAGAAGAAUGCUGUAUUUUUGAACAGCUUGUUUCAUCCUAAAGCAAAUAUGUAUGAUACUGUCAAUUUAAACACAACACUGUAACAGUAAGAUAAAGGUGUACAUUUACAAGCGGCCUUAUGUACAUUUCCCAGUUUCCUUUUUAAGGCAAGAAUUGUGACUAUAUGUGUAUAAUUAAAAUCCUUUUUAAUCCUUUGCCUUUGAAGAUAUUUUGGAAAGAUAUUUACUUUGUAUAUUCAGUUUCUGAAAGAUAAAAUGCAUUGUAUCUUGUUCAAGCUGGCAUUUUGUAUAAGCACUUCUUCGUUUUUGUGACAUAAUAUAGGUGCUUUGCCUCAGAUUUGUUGGAGGGAGUGACAGUUACAGCAUAUGGAAAAGUUUUGGGGUGGAGGUUCCAGGAAAUGAAAAAGAACAGUGCACUUCAUUUAGGCAGCUUCUUAAUAGAAACAUGCAAAUACCUGCAUACCAUAAAAAUAGUUUAUUCGAUUGUUGAUGUUUUUAAAAUAAUAGUAAUACCACCUAAAAUACAUAAAUAAAAAUGUAUGGUAAUUUCUGUUCAUAAUAGCUUUCUCCCCAUUUACAUAAUUGUUAAAUAUGUGAUAAUUAUAUUGGUUAUAGAACAGUUUUCUCAUAGAAGUUGCAACUUGAUAGCAUUCUGAAAUUCCAGUAAAAUUUAUCUUCUGAUGCAAAGAAUAUAUGAUUUGAAGAGUUGGAAAAACAUAGAUCUUUUGUAUUCUGCUAUAUGUUAGAUAGCCUACAUGUCUAUAAAACUUAAUUCAAAUAUAAUUUACUGCUCCUCAAUAUAUUGCAAGUCUGUCCUAUAACCUAUUGGCUCAAUGAAGUGUCAUAUUUAUAAUACAGGAAACACUGUUCUGCUAUCUGACUGAAAUAUAUUUACACAGUAGAAGUAUGGAACAACAGAAAUGGCUUUCCUCAGCUAGUAGCUGGAAUCAAUCUUACAUACGUUGAAAAAUUCUCCCACCCCCCUGACACCCUUCUUUGAUAUCUCCUUUGAUGUAGAUUUAUUUAGGUCUGCUCAGCAUCUAGGCCGCUAUUAGUUCAUAUUGAAUGAUGUAAUGUUCACCUGUAAUAUUCUGUAUAGAAAAAUGAAAAUGUGUAAGUUUAUGUUCUUCUUUCCAAAAGGUGGUGGUCCACUGACUAUAAUUACUCUACUUUUGUUGGAAACUUUAGCUAUGUUAGGAUGAAAUAAGAUGCAUCAUUUUUUUUCUUUGUGGAUUUUUAUAUAUUAUUAUUAUAAAAUAUUGGUUAUUCAAUCAGCCAGAUGCUUAGACUGGAUUUGGCAUCUUUGUCCACCUGUUGAGUCCUUCCUAAGGAACUGGAAUAAGUAAAUGUUGUUAUUUGAUAAUAUGAAAGGUAUUGUUGCAUUAUUAUGAUUGGUCACACAGCCAGAUGGUUAGACUGGAUUUGACAUUAUUAAUACACUUAUCAAGUUUUUAAUUACCUGUUCACAACAAUGUGAAGUCGCAGCUGCCCAUUCUUUAGCUGCUGUUGGCCUUCAUUCACCCAAGAACCUAGGAUGUCAAAAUAUAUCAGCCUAGUAUAUAUCUGGCAAUCCAAGCAGUGUGGCCUUUUGCAAUUGAUAAAUGGAAAUGUUGUCAAUGCACUGAUUUUCUAAGUGCUGUCUAGGAUAACCACUAGGACCACCAUGCCCGAUUUAUGUCACUUCAAUUUCCAGAUCUUGAUAUUAAUAUUAUUAUUUAGUAUUUAUAUGCCACCUAUCAAAUAAAUUAGCAAUUAUGCUUCAGUUAUCUGUUAGUUUCCCACUUGUUAGGCCACUUAUAAAACAAUCCCUUGCAAUUGACCUUGGUAGCUGAAGCUAAUGGGAGUUGUUUAAAACGAACCUUUGUAGUAAUAUUUGAUCUGUGUAUUUUCUAUAGAAGCUUCUAUGUAUGCUCCUUGUAAAGUUUCCACUGGAAAGUACAGGACACCUGAGAUCCCAAUGUUUUGUAUGUCCAAAAUUUGUAUAUCUGUCACAUUUAUGUAUAUAUUGGAUAAAAUACAUUUUAACA